CAGUUUAUCUAGACAAUUCUUUCAUUAUAAGGGAGAUAAGUCGUAAGGUCUUAUUACACGCAGCUCAGAUUAUGUCCCCCCUUUAGUUGAAAGGUCGCAGUUAAUGCUAGGGCUUACGUCAUCAGUCGUCUACGUCAUAUAUUCCGGACUUUAGUUGAAAGGUCACAGUUAAUGCUAGCGCUUACGUCAUCAGUCGUCCACGUCAUAUAUUCCGGAGCACAUGGUCCAGUCUCUUUUUUUAUGUGAAUCGAAGUUGAAUCGUAUCCAAAAAGGAGGAAUAUUUACCAAACAACAGCUUUAUCAGAUAAGUUAAUUUGUCACAAUUAUUAAAUAGUUGAAUUUCAUGUACAAAAUUGAUAUUUGAUUUAUAAUAUCCGGAUAAAUAUAGUAUUAACUAUAGUAAAUAAAUUAUAAUCAUACCACGAGGUGUGGCCGUGGGAGACGGUGACAUCGGCUAGACCAGUUACUGUAUAAAGUGAAACAAAGUUGUACUCUUUAUAUCAGUGAAUUUAUCAUUAAACACUGUUUUCACUAUUAAAUUAUAUUUCCUAGGAUGCCUAAGGCAAAGGCGAAAUCUAACAGACAGGGAAACCCCGUUUCGUUUCCACGCCAUUCCUCAAGGUCAUUGGCAAGAGGUCAAUCGGCGCGGCCAAGAAAACAAACUUGCAAAGCAACACCAACAGCUGAACAAAAUGUGGCUGUCAAUGUGGAAGCACAUGUUCCUACCGAUACUGAGCAUGGUGAUGGCAAUUUACCCACAGGCUGUCAGGUAGCUGGCAACCCCGCUCCUGAGCUUCAGCAAGAGCAUCACGUGAUUGGGUUUUCCAAUGGUUUCUCAAGGCUGUCUCCUUCUGAAACCUCCAAUAUCCAAGAUAACGUUGGCCAGCCUUGUCAAAAUAUUUGGAUCGUAGGGUCUUCAAUCAUUAAGAGAGCAGAGGCACAUGCUAAAACGAGGCCGAUGGGACGUCACCUUGGUCUUCAGCGACGCGGUGUUACUGUAUUUUGGGCUGGUCAUCCGGGCUUACAUUAUAGGCAACUUUACAAUAUUAUUUCCUCAAUGUCUUUUUGUUUGCCACCACCAAGUUUUAUUGUUUUACACUUUGGUGGCAAUGAUAUAGGUCUAGAACCAUGUGGUGUUUUAAGACACCAUUUUAAAGAAGUUAUUUCUCAGAUAAUGAGAAUUUUGCCUAGGGCCUGUAUUGUUUGGUCCUCUAUAUUACCUCGUUUUGUCUGGAGGUACUCCGAAAAUAAUAAAGCUAUGGAUGAAAAUCGGAAAAGAAUAAAUAGAGCAUUGAUAUAUUUUCUAGCCCAGCUUGGUCAUAAGUGUAUAAAACAUCCAGAUUUUCAAGAUAAAAUGCCAGCAUUAUUUUCUGAUGAUGGUGUACAUUUGUCUUAUAUUGGAAAUGAUAUAUUUUUAAACACAAUUCAAGGUGCUAUUGAAACAUUUUUGACUAAUAAUGCAAACGUAUAUCCAAUUGACUGAAUAACUAAAAGCCUGACAGCGGCGAAAAAUUAAAUUUGGCGUGAGCACUGCGUACUCAUUGGCAGAAUUUUUCGACGCAGUGUUUUAUUAACUAAAAAUAAUUCAAUUUAAGUUAAAGAAAGAUAUAAAACAUUGUGUUAAAUACUGUUUGUGAUUGAACCCCAACAGUUAGAUCUAGCAGUAAUCAUUAAUUCGGCGAUUGGUCAUUCAAUCUGCCAUUGGACUUGUUGUGUACGAGUCGAACUUGAAAUUGAUUUGUUGAUUUAUGUAUGAUGAACUGAAUGAUAAACAAUGACUUGUGAAUGAAAAACAGUGAUAAAUGAUGGUUUAAUAAUGAUUAUACAAUCAAUAACAAAGUGGCUUGGUCUAUUCCCCAGCACUAUUAUUUUCCUUUGCAUGUUUCAAUUUUUUUCAUGAAUUCGAUAUCGUCGACUGUCAGGCAAUUAUUCCACUAAUAAAUUUUAAUGAUAAUGUAAUUUUGUUUUGAUUCAUUAGAAUUUGUCAUUGAUAAUAAGCAUUAUCCGUGUUAAUGUGAUAAUGCAGUUUAUCUAGACAAUUCUUUCAUUAUAAGGGAGAUAAGUCGUAAGGUCUUAUUACACGCAGCUCAGAUUAUGUCCCCCCUUUAGUUGAAAGGUCGCAGUUAAUGCUAGCGCUUACGUCAUCAGUCGUCUACGUCAUAUAUUCCGGACUUUAGUUGAAAGGUCACAGUUAAUGCUAGCGCUUACGUCAUCAGUCGUCUACGUCAUAUAUUCCGGAGCACAUGGUCCAGUCUCUUUUUUAUGUGAAUCGAAGUUGAACCCGCCCACCCUACCCA